AUGAAUUCACCUAUCGGUAUAUGGUAUUUCAACCUGAACGACACCAUUUUUUUCGACUCGUGGGCUAAGCGACCAGAUCAGAAACCCGAAGAUUCAGGUAAAGCCGACCGUAAUUUAGAAUUGGUCCUGAUCUUUUGUGCUUUUGUGGCUGCUGUCCAGGCUGGUGUACUCUACACCCCAGGUAUUGUUAACACAGGGGCUAGCGUUCAACAUCGUAGUCAAGAUAGUUUGGGUAACUACAACUUUGGUUAUGAUGAAAGUCAUCUUACCGGCGGUACUUUCCGCAAGGAGUCUGGCGAUGCAUUCGGUAACAAGGUUGGUUCCUACGGCCUAAAAGAUGCUGACGGUCGUACCCGCACCGUUAACUACGUAGCUGAUGGCAGCGGCUUCCAUGCUAAUAUCCACUCUAACGAACCUGGUGUAGAGGCCAAAGACCCAGCCGAUACUAGCAUUAACAAGGCUAAGCCUGUUGUUGUCGCUGCUGCCCCUACAGUGACAUAUGCUACUCCUGAUACUCAUGCCGUAUCCUACGCUGCUUCUCCUGCUUUUUACAGUUACUCUUCUGCUCCUACUUUCUAUGGCUUUAAGUACGCCGCCAGUAUUCCUUCUGUCCCAGGAUACAAAUACACCAGUGAUCCUCUUGUUCGGAGGUACAAAUACACUAAUGUUCCAAGUUUCUAUAACUACAAGUAUGCUGGUGUUCCAGUUUAUCAUGGCUACAAGUACAUUACUGCCCCUAGUUACUACGGUUACAGGUACGCUAAUAUUCCUGCAAUCUAUGGCUACAAGAAUGCCGUUUUUCCAACUACUUACGGUUACAACCUUGCUGGAUAUCCUUACUUAUGGGGAAAACAUAAUGUGUGGUAGAAAGUUCUUUGUAUACAAUCUUUAUGGCAUGUCUCCUCUAGUUCGUUUUUA